CAGGAACCCACAAAAUCCAAAAUCAGUCAAUUGAAGUGGUGGAGAAGAAAAAGAAGUGCCCCUUGUGGGCUUUAAACGCGAGGCGAAAUAAUGCAAAGUUAGCCAUCAUGGUUUGAACGCUCUUGCAUUCACAAAAAUUUUCAAUAUCCGACGUCACGACAUCAAGCAAUAGGAUUUGCUUUUCUGGAAGGAUCUAUCGAAGAAUCUGAAAGAAAUCAAAUACGGCAACCCUCAUUUUACUUAAUUCCUAAAAAGCAAGUCGCUUUCUCAGAUUUGUAUUUCUACUUAGCAGCAAGAAACACGAGCAAAAUGCCCGACAAUUCGCAGAUUCUAGUAGGGGAGAUGAGGGAUGCGAUGCGGAGUUGGGUGACGAUGGGAGACGAAACGCGUCACGACAACCAAGCUGAAGGGCUCAUUCGGAUGGACAUCCGGCACAAUCAUCUGGAACAGCGCUGGCAUGAUUUACGCUUCAGUCUUGACAUGACGAUAUUUGCAGUAAAGGAAAAACUGCACAAGCACGGCGCCGGCAGUGUCGCGCACAUGGAGCUCUACUUGAGAAGGUUUUAGUUGGUUUUGUACUUUGAUGCUUGAGAUCCGUUUUCUUAGAUAGAGAAAGCUGCCGAGAGCUAGAGCAGGUUCACAUUGAUCCUUAAAUCAAUGAUUUGCAAACAAGUCUCGUCUUGUUGUCUUUUGAACUUGGUUUAGGAAUUUUCAAGCAGCAUCGAACCAACCCAGGUCUGGAGUAGAGAAUACAAUAUUUCUGUACGACGACUACAAAACUCUUGGGUCCUACGGUGCGGGAAAUGACAUGGAGCUUUUCAUCAAGGACACUGAUCCGUUUAGCAUGGCGGCAAACGGCGGACUUGAGAACACCAGUCUCGUUGAAAAGUACCGCAUGAAAUUAUGUAUCGGCGACUACUGUAUCUUUUUGGACGAGACUGCUAGAAGAUCAUUUCAAGGAGGUUGACUUCAUUGUGCGCUCAGGCUUACGUCCUGUAGUUGUAUUAGUAAUUUUUUUGUUGUUCGCUGGCGAUUUUCAUCCAUCUUCAUCUACUUACCAGGACUUUGUUGCUUCUUUCAAAGCCUUCUAAUCUUUGAUGAGGACUAUGAUCAGCGCGAGAAGACGUUGAGAGCACAUGUGCGACAGGAAAGGGAUAAGAAUCCGAAUUUUAGGCUCUUUGCGAACAAAGACCCAAACAAGGUGAUGGAUGGAGGCGAGCGACCGAAAACACCAGAGGACGUCCACGUUUCCUACGGUGUAGGAAAACGGUGUGAAUGCAACCCCGGAGGCAGAAGAGGGACGAUCAAGUAUACCUCUCUUUUUUGGAUAUCAUGAAGCAAGUGGGUGAAAUGAUGAUGAUCAACAUCAAUACUUAUUUCAAUAAAAAUAAUUUCAUGACACCAUUUCCAUUUGCAACGGCAACACGGAAAUAAAUAAUCACCCGUCUUCGACUUCACAUAAAGGUUUGUAGGCACUGUCAAAGGCGCGCCUGGGACGUGGAUAGGGGUAGAAUUGGACGAGCCGCAGGGGAUGAACGACGGGUCUAGGGACGGUGAAAAGUAUUUCGAGUGUCGUGGGGAAAAGUACGGCUGUUUCUCUAGACCUGAAAACGUUGUCGUUGGCGACUUUCCAGAGCUCGAUCCUUUCGCUUUUCUCGAAGACGAAGACGAAAUCUAGUAGGCUGAAAUCGAUGCUGUUUUAGAGACUUUUGUAUGUUGUCACGACAGCUGUCGACCAACUCCAGAAGUGCAUGCGAUGCCGAGCAUGCGCGUCUAUGCAUAGUCUUCGAAGAGAUUCUUUAUUUAGCCGGGAGGUACUACAUAAAAAAGUCUGAUUCGAGAAGAGACUGAGACA